AUGGAAGCAAGAGGACAUAUGUUGCAGCUGUGUCUUUUUGGCUUCGCCGCUCUGCUGGUUCGUGCCUUAAGCGAUCUGUCCCCGGCGCCUUCGCCUGAUCCAGCCUGUCCACUGAACUCGUUCCCCUAUAAACCGACGGGCGAAUGCAUCGGCAACCAAGAAAAGAUCACUUACUGGGGUAGCUACCCCACGACGCUUUGCUGCGGAAAUGUCCUCGAGGCUUUGUCCCAAUCCUUGGCUCUUCACGCAAAUAACACAAGCAACAUCUUUCUCAGCAGCGACCAGUGGAACGACUGUAGCAACCAUUUCCUCCAGCCAUUGGGCGUGCCGGCUAAUUCAUGUCACUUCAACAAUCUCUUCGAGGGAAGCAGCCGGUGCUCCAGCUUCUUGCCAUCAUUUAUCAAUGAACAAGAUUCAUACAGAGAUGCACAGGGUAAUUGCACAAACUUCAACACUUCGUUCGAUGAUGUCUGCGAGAAUUGCAUUAAUGCAAUAGCGAACGCAAGGGAGAGCAUAUUAAAUCAUUAUCAGGCAAACAACAAUAAUACAGAAAGGGCAAUUUGUGGGGUGGCUGUUAUUACUUAUCUAGCCUCUUGGAAAGCAGAGGAUCUUGCGUCGAUGGAUGACUUCUACAGAUGUCUGCCUGCUCUAGACAAGCUGGAUACAGGUUACAUCAAAGUCAAAAGUUCCACGGUGAAAGUGGUAUUGGCAAUGCUGAUUGCGACCGUUGGACUGAUGCUGGUCAUUGCACUGAUAAAACAAGUGACUGGGAAGAACAAACCUCCUAAAUCGGCUCAGCUAAAUGAGAUGAGCACGUGGUCUGGCCUCUACAGGUUCUCAAGGGCAGAGAUCGAAAAUACAAUUAACUACCAUAAUGAAAAAAAAUGCCUCGGCCGAGGAAGUGCAGGUCGGGUUUACAAAGGCGUCUUGCCAAGCGGACAAGCUGUAGCCAUAAAACACAUAUACAAGAGCAACACAUCUGACUCUUUCAGGCGGGAGGUCGAAGGUCUUUCAAGGGUCCGACAUCAAAAUUUAGUAUGUCUCUUCGGCUACUGCAUCGAAGAUGGCGAGCAGUACCUGGUCUACGAAUAUUGCCCUGCCGGGAAUCUAGCUUAUCAUUUACUAAGGAAAGACACUGUCUUGACCUGGGAAAGGAGAGUCAAAAUUCUAAGAGAAUGCGCUCUGGGCCUGAGAUAUCUCCACCACUACACAGACGGCUGCAUCGUUCAUAGGGAUAUUAAGCUUACCAACAUUCUUUUGACUGAGAACUUGGAACCAAAGCUCUCGGAUUUUGGGCUGGCAAGAAUCCUGAACAUGGAGGAGAGCAAAGUUUUUACCGAAGUCAGAGGAACGAUAGGUUACAUGGAUCCAGAGUAUAUGAGCAAUGCCAAGCUAACCUGUGCCAGUGAUAUUUACAGCUUUGGCAUUGUCGCACUCCAACUUCUUUCAGGACAAAAAGUUAUUGAGCUAGAUCUUGAGGCCAGAGAUCAGCUGACGAGGAAGGCAAGGGAUGUCAGCAUUGGCAAACGGCCACUAUCGGAUUUUGAGGACCCGCGACUAAACGGAAACGUCAAUAAGGCAGACUUUGAGUCCAUUUUGCAAGUUGCCAUCUUCUGCGUUGCCCAAGAUAGCAAAGAUCGGCCCACAAUUGAUAUGUUCCUUGACGAGCUCGAGAAAGCUUGGAAGAACACAGUGGCCAAGCAGCAGAAGGUUCUGUACGGCUGUCAUAAGUCGGUGUAG